AUGUCCGCGCAAGGUUCGGAACCCGUGACCAUUGUGGUCGAACAUCUGGACCCCGAGCUGGGCGCUUGGUCCGCCCUGGAGUAUGGCUGCAUUGCCCGUGAAUCAUACGCCGCGGGAAGCAAAUUUCUCCUCAGUUCGGUGCCCACCUCCUUGCAGAUGCCAGAAGACCUGGCUGCUACCCCAGGCCUUGGGGUGGAGCAUCGCAGUGUCGAGCAGAUCUUUGCGGAUCGGAAAUCCAGAGUCUGCCUGUUGGACCCCGCUGCCACCGUGGAGUUGAGUCCCGCUGAUGCAGACACUUUUGAUGUCUUCCUUUUCGGAGGUAUUCUUGGCGAUGAUCCUCCUCGUGAUCGGACUUCCGAACUGCGCAAGAAGGGUUAUGCCGGAAGAAGACUGGGCCCUAAGCAGAUGACCACGGACACGGCGGUGCGUGUUACGCGCAUGGUCGUGCAUGAGAAAGUGCCCCUGGAGCAAAUCCAGUACAUUGACUACCCGGAAAUUUUGAUUAACGAGCAUGAACGCACCGAGAUGCCGUUCCGCUAUGUAAAGGGCGAUGAUGGAGAGCCAAUCAUGCCCAAGGGCAUGGUUGAUUUGAUCAAAAAGGAUGCUGACCAGGGCAUCGAUGAUCUUGUUUAA